AUAAAAUUUAGAAGACAGCGAAAGAAGUAAAUCCUGUGGAGAAGAUAGAUAAAUCCCAAUGGCGUCAUUUCUUCUUCUUCCUCAUCCUCACUCGCUUCUCCUCAAAACUGAGAUUUUGAAAUUGGAGAGACCCUUUACAAAAGUCUUUAGAAAUUCUCAGUUUUCUGUAGUCUCACCGAGAGCAUCUGUUAAUGGUGACAGUAGUAAUGGAGCUAUUGAAUCUCCAAAACCCACAAGGCGUGGCAGGAAAAAGAAGCCGGCUUCGGCGUCAACAGAUUCUCCGACGAAGAGAACGAGGCGUAGGAAAAAGAUCCAGGUUGAGAAUGGCUCAAUUGAAGCUGCAUCCAGUGAAGAAACCUCGAAAGAUGUACGAGAAGUGAAGAGCCGGGUACCCGUGGGUGAGGAGGAAGAUGAAGAUCUUGGAGAUUAUGAUGAUGGAAUUGAUUUCCCGUACGAGGACCCUCCAUUGGUGUGCUGCUUCGGCGCUGUGCGGAAGGAGUUCGUGCCUACGGUGAGGGUGCAUGAUAAUCAAAUGCAUCCAGACAUCUACUCGGAGUGGAAGAUGCUGCAAUGGGAUCCUCCUGAAUUCGGGAGGGCACCCGGCGGCUCUCCUUCUAAUGUGGCCAUAUCACACGUGAGGCUGGGAGGAAGAGCAGCGUUUAUGGGAAAAGUUGGAGAGGAUGAUUUUGGGAAUGAGUUGGUUUUGAUGAUGAAUAAACAGAAGGUGCAAACAAGAGCUGUGAAGUUUGAUGGGAAUUUCAAGACUGCCUGUACUUACAUGAAGGUUAAGUUUGAGGAUGGGAAGAUGAAGAUGGAGACUGUGAAAGAGGCGGCUGAGAAUUCACUUGUUAGCUCUGAAUUGAAUCUUGCUGUGCUCAAAGAGGCUAGGAUUUUCCAUUUCAAUUCAGAAGUUUUGACAUCAGAUUCAAUGCAAUCCACACUUUUUAAAGCAAUUGCAUGGUCUAAAAAGUUUGGUGGCCACAUAUUUUUCGAUUUGAAUCUGCCCUUGCCAUUGUGGAGAUCUCGUGAUAAAACGAGGGAAGUGAUUAAGAAAGCCUGGAAUCAAGCAGACAUCAUUGAGGUUUCAAGGCAAGAGCUGGAGUUUCUUUUGGAUGAAGAGUAUUAUGAGAGGAAGAGAAAUUACAGGCCUGAAUACUAUGCUGAAAACUAUGAACAAACCAAGGAACGGCGAGACUGCUACCAUUAUACCAGAGAAGAAAUCUCUCCAUUGUGGCAUGAUGGACUUAAAUUUCUGUUCGUGACUGAUGGAACUCUUAGAAUUCAUUACUAUGCACCUUCAUUUGAUGGGGUGGUGGUUGGGACAGAAGAUGUGCUUAUAUCUCCUUUUACUUGUGAUCGGACUGGUUCAGGGGAUGCUGUUGUGGCUGCUAUUAUGAGAAAACUGACCACGUGCCCUGAAAUGUUUGAAAAUCAAGAUAUUUUAGAGAGGCAGCUAAGGUUUGCAGUUGCAGCAGGAAUUAUAUCACAGUGGACAAUUGGCGCGGUCAGAGGCUUUCCAACAGAAAGUGCUACACAGAAUCUGAAAGAACAGGUAUAUGUUCCUUCUAUGUGGUAGUUGGGAGUCUUGAAUAGAUUACCAUAAUUUCAUUUUUCUUGGUAAAUUAUGAGCAACAAGGAUUAGAAUUUAAAUCGGGGAAAACUGGAAAAGGCUGCCUAGAAGUAUAUGAUAAGCAAGCCCUUUGAUACUUUGUGAAUGUUGUAUUUGAAACUGCCCUGUAGAAUAGAAUGUAUUGUUUCGG